CCGUGCCAAAAACGAGAACGAGACUUUGCAAACAUGGCGGCCACGACAGCGAAUCGUGUUCUCGUUUACGGUGGAAAAGGGGCGUUAGGCACAGCUGUCGUCAACCAUUUUAAAUCAAAAGGAUGGGUAAGGAGAGUUGAGAUAUGUAUAUUUCGCAUGAAGAAUGAACAAAAACCGUUUUUGCUGAAAUUACAGUGGGUGUGCUCCAUGGACCUUUUCCCCAACGAGGAUGCCCAGGUGAAUCUCAUCGUGGACCCGGCCCAGUCCUGGACAGAACAGGAGACCUCCAUCAUGGGCAGAGUGGAGGAGACGUUGUCUGGGGAGAAGCUCGAUGCUAUCCUGUGUGUGGCUGGCGGCUGGGCCGGCGGCAAUGCUGCAUCCAAAGCUCUGGUAAAGAGCAGUGAUCUGAUGUGCAAACAGAGUGUCUGGACAUCGGUCAUAUCCGCCGGGCUGGCCGCUAAAUUUCUCAAAGAUGGGGGCCUGCUGCAGCUGACGGGGGCAAAGGCUGCCCUGGAUGGGGGUACACCAGGAAUGCUUGGCUAUGGGAUGGCUAAAGCAGCCGUGCACCAGUUUGUGCGUGGUUUGGGAAUGUCUGGGAGCGGGUUACCAGCCAACUCCACGGCUCUGGCCAUUUGCCCGAUAACACUGGACACACCCAUGAAUCGCAAGGGUAUGCCCAAUGCAGACUUUUCAGCAUGGACGCCACUGGACUUUGUUGCCUCAUUGUUGUUUGACUGGUCAGUGGGGAACCAGCCAAGGCCAGCCACUGGAAGCCUGGUGCAGCUCAUUACCAAAGACAGCAAGACGGAACUGGUCACCGUCUGAAAGUCAAGCUGGAUGCAGCUUGUCUUGACAUCGCCUCGUCUGAGAUUGGAAAGAAGGUGCAUCAUGGGAUAUUUCUUUUUAUUACUUUCUUCAUUUUUUUUUCUUGUUUAUUCCGGUAUACCCAUGAUCAUGUGCUUGCGAGUGGAAUCAAUAUGCAGAUCAUUCUCAAAAUUAUUUCCACUUCAUAAAGAGUAAAGUUUGGAAAUCGACAUCAUGCACUGCAAAAGAAAGAGGCAUGAAUUUUAUUGCAAAAAUGAGAAGCGACCAUUAUAUGUUUGAUAUCUGAACAAAUAUGGGGUUUGUAAUAGUUUAAGAUUUAAGAUUAAGACACAAAAAUGGUGUCUCGAUAAAUUUUAAGACGAAAAGCUUCAACCAAAAAUGUAUUCACAUUUUUUUAUAUUUUUUAAGUUUCCCGGUGUGUGAAUUUUUGAUGUUGUAAACCAGCUCGCGCCGGGAUUAUUUUGACAAGAACGGAACGAGGCGCGGGAUUAAUUUUCACU